AAAGUUCAGGUCAAUUGUUGAAUUUUGGUGUUAUGAUGCAAGGUGAUAGGAAAUUGUCCGGUUCAUCACAAAAGCGAUCCCUUUCUUCGGUGAUACCAGCAACGAUAACAGGAAAUGCUCGAUUGGAUCCGUUAGCGUUAGGUGUGGUUGGUAUGGAUAAUCGACAAGCUGUUAUCAUUGAUAUCGGCGCAGUUUUAACAAAGGUCGGUUAUGCAGGUGAAUUCGUUCCACGUGCAAUAAUAAGAACAGAAUUGGUGGAUGACCGUACGGGUGAAACGAUAAAAGUACUGGAUGAUACACUUAGUGAACAAGAACUUUAUUACAGAUUAGUGAAAUUCUUCCGAGAGUUAUUUUUCAGGUACUUGUUAACGGUCGCUAGAGAUCGCCGAAUCGUAAUCGUUGAAAGUAUUUUGGCACGGACAUCACAUCGAAAUGCCAUGGCACGGGUACUGUUUAAUGCUUUCGAUGCUCCAUCGGUACUUUUCGCCCCGUCGCAUCUGUUGGCAACAUUCCCAUUUGGUGUCACGAAUGCUAUUGUUAUUGAUGUCGGAUAUUCAGAAGCAACUAUUGUUCCGAUUCUGGAAGGUGUUACUAUGUUGUAUCAACUGGAAACUUCAUGUAUAGGUGCGAAGUGUUUGGAAGAGCGCGUUUACGAACUUUUGCGAAAAUACGGCAAAGUGUUGACAAUUUCGGGUACAGAACGAGCACUGACUGAUGACGAUGAUUUAUUGUUGAAAAAAGAGCGCAUUUUGGAAGAUAUUGUCGUUAGAUUUUGCUUUGCUACUAAAAUGGAUCGUGGAAAGAUGAUACACGCUUCGGAAUAUAAUCCAGAACGUGAAAUUCCGAAACCACCAUGUGAUGUUCGCUUACCAUUCGGUGAAGAAAUGCUUAUUGUGCCUGGUCUGAUAAGGGAAUGGACUGCGGAAGCAAUUUUCGAGGAAAAUGAUGAUAUCAAAUCCCUGCCACAACUAGUACUUGAUGCCGUAUAUCGGUGUCCAAUUGAUAUGAGAAGGAAGCUAUUGGAUAGUAUAAUACUGGUUGGUGGAACAACACGUAUGAAAGGUUUCUCUGCGCGACUUCGAGAUGAAAUUUUGCGUUUACUGACAGCAUCGGCUUAUGCGAAUAAAUUAGGCAAUAUUAAAUCCGUCAAAUUCUAUCGCUUGCCAAACACAUCAAUUGAAUUGUAUGCUAGUUGGAUUGGAGGUAGCAUGUUUGGAGCUUUAGAAGUGCUGCAGUAUUAUUCUUUGACACGAGAGGACUGGCAGAGACGAGGUAAGGUGCCAGACUGGACGAAUAAUGUUCAUGAGAUGAAUCGAGAUUCGAUACGAAAUCGCUGAG